AUAAGGAAGUUGACGUAGAUUAGAUUUCCAUCAAUGAAAACAACAGAUGUGGUACCGUAGAGGAGCGGUCUGCGCAAGAUAACAUUGACGGUGUUAAUUAUACCUCAAGUAAAGACAGCUUCUAAUGCAGGCAAUUAGAAGCAACAUGUUAGGUGCUGGAAUCUCCAACAACAAAGUCAGGUACUCUCGGCUGGCUGCUGAUGACGACGGUUACAUAGACUUGCAGUUCAAGAAAAGCCCACCAAAGGUCCCAUACAAGGCGAUUGCACUGGCAAUAUUCCUCUUUUUGAUUGGCUCCUUACUGAUCAUCUUCGGGGCUCUUCUUCUGUCUGGAACCAUAAAGGUUGAGCAUCCAGACCGCACCAUUCCUGUCAUCAUCAUAGGGCUACUCGUGUUCCUUCCUGGAUUUUACCAUUUGAGAAUUGCCUACUUCGCCGCAAAAGGUUACCGGGGUUACUCCUACGACGACAUCCCAGAUUUCGACGACUGACCCAAAUGAAAGCUGCUGAUUGGUGGAGAAUCCCCUUCCUCCUGCCACACUGUGCACCCUGAGACUGGUGUCUGCUGUUUACUUUGAGUUUCUGAAUGCAUGUAGCAAAUCAGGCGAACCUUUUAUCGCUGUUCUGCCAUGAGAGACUUUUAAAGUCUUGCUGAUUUUAUUUAUUUUUUUUAUGAUUCUGUGUUGUUUAUUCAAUGCUAUGUGUGGUAUUAUCCUCCACACAAAAGCUCGAUGAACAUUAGAGCCUUUAUAUAUAUAUAUUCAGCUGUAAUGAGUAGAGGACCUGUUGCUUUGCCUACAACAGUGCAGCAACACGUCGCUCAUUCAAGAAACGAUUGCAAACCUGGGAUGAGUGGUGACAUAUUUUUGGAGACUACACGGACGCCUUUAACCGACUACUGCUAGAACCUUGCACAGCUGUUUCAUAGUGCAUCUUAAACCAAUACUGUAUUUAUUUGUGACUGUAGCCUAUGGCUGUGUUUGAAAUCGCCUACUAACAUACUAUUCUUACUAAGUAUGACGUGAAAGUGUGUGUGUGUGUGUGUGUGUGUGUGUGUGUGUGUGUGUGUGUGUGUGUGUGUGUGUGUG